AUUGAGUAUCAGCAGGUCCGACGUCUAACAGUUGCUUGCUGCAUCUCUACUUUCUUGAAGUUUCGGCGUGCUUUUGAAGGAUGGAUUGUGUGUAUACAAGCAUUUAUUGUGUUUCGAUGGAUGAACCCCUUAUAUUGUUAUUAUUUUUUUAAUUUCAAGAAAUCGUAACUACGUACUUGUAUCUUCUACUUUUGGCUGAAGUGAUUUUUUUUGUAUAUGAGUUAUGAAGUUAUGUUCAAACGGAUUGGACCGAACCAAUCUAAUUCUAUUUUUCUUGAAUUUUUAGGGGUUGGUUUGGUUUGGGUUUAUAGCAUUGUAAGGGUUUUUGGUUUAGAAGAAUCUACCAUUUGAAGGGUUGGGUCUAACUUAUCACCCAAUUCGACCCAAUACGACCCACGAAUAGCAAAUAUUGAAAAGAAAAAGAAAAAAAAGGAAAUAAUAUUCCCAACCUGACAGCCAAUUUCGUGCCAGAAAAAACCUAAUAGCCAAUUUCUCUCGCCGGCAGAACCUUCGCCUUCCCCUUCCUUUCAAGCGCUACGGCAGACUGUCGCUCAUUCUCCAUAAUCUCAGUUCGCGGGCGCAAGUUUGAUCAUUUUCGAUUAGUUUCUCUCUGGUUUAACUUCACAAAUAACCAAGUAAGACAUCCGAACUUGUUUGCACAGGGACAUUCAGCCAAGAUGUCGCGGAAGGGUUUGAUGGAACAAGACUUGAAGAAAUUGGAUGUGACAAAGCUCCAUCCACUUUCUCCUGAAGUUAUAUCUCGUCAGGCUACAAUUAAUAUUGGUACUAUUGGUCACGUGGCACAUGGGAAGUCCACCGUUGUAAAAGCAAUUUCAGGAGUCCAGACUGUACGUUUUAAGAAUGAGCUGGAGCGUAACAUUACCAUUAAGCUGGGGUAUGCCAAUGCAAAGAUAUACAAAUGUGAAGAUGACAAGUGCCCUCGGCCUAUGAGCUACAAGGCGUAUGGAAGUGGAAAGGAAGACAGUCCUUUAUGUGAUGUGCCUGGAUUUGAAAAUUGCAGAAUGAAACUAUUGCGACAUGUAUCCUUUGUCGACUGCCCGGGUCAUGAUAUUCUUAUGGCUACCAUGCUUAACGGAGCAGCUAUUAUGGAUGGAGCAUUACUUCUGAUUGCUGCCAAUGAAAGCUGCCCUCAACCUCAAACUUCUGAGCACCUUGCUGCUGUUGAAAUUAUGCGCCUUCAACAUAUUAUAAUCCUCCAGAAUAAAGUUGAUCUUAUUCAGGAAAAUGUGGCAAUCAAUCAACAUGAAGCUAUUCAAAAAUUUAUUCAGGGAACCGUUGCUGAUGGUGCACCAGUAGUGCCAAUUUCUGCUCAGCUCAAGUAUAAUAUUGAUGUUGUUUGCGAGUAUAUAGUGAAAAAAAUUCCAAUUCCAGAAAGGAACUUUGUCUCACCUCCUAAUAUGAUCGUGAUUCGUUCUUUUGAUGUCAACAAACCCGGAUUUGAAGUUGAUGAGAUCAAAGGUGGUGUGGCUGGUGGUAGCAUAUUACGGGGUGUUUUAAAGGUGAAUCAAUUUAUUGAAGUUCGUCCGGGGAUUGUUGUUAAGGAUGAAAGUGGUAAUAUCAAGUGCACUCCAAUAUACUCAAGGAUUGUUUCAUUGUAUGCGGAGCAAAAUGAGCUGCAAUUUGCAGUCCCUGGAGGUCUCAUUGGGGUUGGCACAACUAUGGAUCCCACUUUGACUCGUGCUGACAGAUUGGUCGGUCAGGUUCUUGGGGAAGUUGGUUCACUUCCUGAUGUUUUUGUUGAGCUAGAGGUAAACUUUUUCCUUUUGCGGCGGCUCCUGGGUGUCAGGACAAAAGGAUCAGAAAGGCAGGGAAAAGUAUCAAAGCUAGCCAAGGGGGAGAUUCUAAUGUUGAACAUAGGAUCCAUGUCUACGGGUGCUAGAGUACUUGCAGUAAAGAACGAUUUAGCAAAACUGCAGCUUACUUCCCCUGUUUGCACCAGCAAGGGGGAGAAGAUUGCUCUAAGUCGUCGGGUCGAGAAGCACUGGCGUCUUAUUGGCUGGGGUCAAAUUCAAGCUGGAAGUACUCUCGACGUCCCUCCCUGCCCCAUUUGAGUUGUUUUUGGGAGAAAGGUAAGAAUCAAGAGAAAAGCGAGUGAGAAGAGUAAAAAUUGCAGAAGUUAGACAGUUUCUUGGAACCAUUUUUGUUAGGUGGAAGAGAAUACACCAUCUGGUUUCUGAUUGUUUAUUACGUUGUCCUUUUCACAAUUUUACCCGUCGAAGAUUUCUUUCUGUUUUUUAAUAUCUAAGUUUGGGAUCAUGGAUGUGACAUGUGAGCUAUUGGUUGGAAUGAGUCUUAAAAUGUACUUUGAUUUCGUACUAAAAUUGGCCUUAUAUUCAAGAACAAAAUUCCUCAGCUC